UAUUGAUUUUUCCCCAGUUCUUCACACCAGCUGUUCGCUGGAGCCUGCGCUCUAGACCCCGGGGUUGAUUGGAGUUUGGGAGUCGUACAGAGGAAGACAAUAAAAUUUGUUUGUAUUGCCAUCGCGUGCAAUUCGGUUUUUUUAGACAUACUUUUAAAGUGUUAAACAAAGUCCAGUUUUAAAAAUAAAUAUGGAGGAUAGCGGCAUCGACAGCGAGGACAGGCAAUCCAACAUAUACGAGGAUGGAGCAGCGGGAUUGCUGAAAACGGCCAGCGGAGCCCCCAAACAUAUGUCGGAUCUGGAGUUUGAGGUGGCUUUCAGGGGUGCCGGCAAGGUUUAUGCCCCCACGACCAUAGAAAUCGAUGAAGAGGAGGAAGCUACCGGAGGUGGUCGAGGCCAUGAGCCACCCAACACCUGCCGCAUACUGCAGCGCAAACUGGAGCUGAAGGUCGAGCGUGCCCGGCGGAAUUACACUCAGUUUCAGGAGGAGCAGGUGUGUUUUGGAUCUACUCAAUACAAGGGAUUAUCUGUAAUAGAUUAUCCUUUUUAUCCGCAGGCCACCAAGACGCAAUCCUCCACUCUGAUACCGAUCAAUCGACUUCCCAUUCCUGGCGAACCGGAACACAAGCCCCUGGUGGACUACAAAUCCGAAAGCAGUGAUGAGGCCGAGGAGAUCUCCUUCUUUCCGGCCCAACUGAAGCGGUCCAAGCGCCGCCAACAGAACCACGAACUGACUGAUACCUUCAGCAUACAGGAAAUGACCAUUGACUCGGAUCUGGAGUCGGACGACAGUGCUGGCACCCAGAAUCUCGAGCUCCUGCUGCCCUCCAUGAAGACAACCAUUUUGGAUAAGUUCAAGGGCUGCUUCGGAUGCUGGCGGCGAAGGUAAUGCCAGGCGGAGGAGCGGAGGCAUAUCAUCAGACGGUUCAGGCACAAAUCACGUUAUUGACAGGCACUAGCAACCUACGUACUUAUAAUAAACUCCAUUGCCACUACAGAGCUGUAAACAUAGAUUUAUUUGGCUUAGUAAAAUCCAUUCGAUAAAUAUUAAUAAAUACUAAAAGAAA